ACCCACAAUCCAAAAAACUUCCGCCACGAAUUUCUCAUCCUCACUCAUCCUCAGGCUUACUGCACAUAACAUGACAGACCCAUCUUCAAGCUCGUCUCGGAAGCGAACUCGAAAGCCUGGUCGGGCAUCGUCGAAUUGGAAAACGCUCCAAACGGCACUUCCACAAGUACCAGCAGCGGUGAAAGCAAGGACCCUAGAAAAGAAGAAAAACCGAAAUCAAGCGAUCCAUUCCUCCCGUACCCAAGCCUCCACCUCCACCACUCCAUCAAUAACAACUAGUUUGACAUCCCAGAAGCUCCUCGAUAUCUUGCAAAAGAAUCCUACCCAACAGGCCACAAAAAAACAAACAGAAGUAGGAAAGUAUCUGGCGAUCGACUGCGAGAUGGUUGGCGUAGGACCGCGAGGAAAUGAACAGAGCGCCCUCGCUAGGGUGAGUAUUGUCAACUACUAUGGCAACGUCGUUCUCGAUACCUACGUUCAACCCAAGGAGAAGGUCACCGAUUAUCGCACUUGGGUCAGUGGCAUCAAACCUGAACAUCUGCAUAAUGCCAGUACUUUUGAAGAUGUCACCCGCAAGGUCGCCGACUUGAUUCACGACAAAAUCCUAAUAGGCCAUGCGAUUUCAAACGAUCUUCAGGCUUUACUCUUGACCCAUCCACGACAAUUGAUUCGAGACACGUCGACCUACCAACCGCUACGACAACUAGCCAAGACGAAGUUCCCGAGUCUAAAGAAACUAACACUACUUCUGUUAGAUAUUGAAAUCCAGAAAGAUUCGCAUUGCUCAGUCGAUGAUGCCCGAGCCACGCUUGCGAUUUAUCGGACACAGAAGGACCAAUGGGAGGCUCUUGUGAAGAAAGAACAAGCACGCCAGCCUCAGACACGUCCUGCGACAUAAUACUAGGGCAAUUUGCGGGCAUCAACCAUCACUGCCUGAAUGUCAUCUUCACCCCGAUGUAUCUUUUAUCACUUCUCCUACUCCUCAUUCAAAUCAUCCCACACUCUUCGGCUUCCCCGCUCAACGUGCGCUCAACAUCAUCCAAACCCGUGGGAUCGUGACACCCCAACCUGUACUUACCAAGCCGCCUUGAAUCAAAGUAAAUGGUCCCCCCACUAGACAGUCCAACCUACUUGAUCAAGUCUUUGUGAAUAAACGGAAACAUGUGUGCCGAAAAAACCCUCCGUCUUGUGUUACUCAGAUCUCAUCUCCCAUGACGCACUCACAUCUAUUCAGACCCAUUCUUGCCACUCGUGCCUUGAGUGUCAUUUGCCGAAUUUCGAGAAGAACAAGAAAUAACAAUUUGAGUGAU